GUUUUUCUUCCACUAGCUUGUUUUGACAGCCGCGUGUGUUCGUUUUGUUCACCAGUGGUUGCCGUCCAAUGCGCACAAUUUUUAGAAGUCCAAACAUUAUCUUAAGGCACUUUUAAGGAAGCAAACAAGCCCAGACAGGUAUAGAGACAUUCACCGUUGGAACUUCACCAUGCAAAGACUUCAGGUUUUAAAGGAAACUUUACUCGGCUUGGACCUGGUCCAGAGGCAGGCGCUGAUAGGUUCAGCGUUUGUAGCAGGAGGCAUCCUGGCCUACAUGAUCUACAAAAGAGAACAAGUAAAAACUGUUCCUCUUGGUGAAGGAUGGUGGGGAGCUGGAGAAAAACCACGUUCAGAGGAUGAUAAAAUCUACCCCUUUAUAGUGGAAACCUCCGAUGAAGAAAUUAAGGACCUCCAUCAUCGCAUUGAUCGAACCCGCUACACUGAUCCUUUGGAGGACAGCCGCUUCCAUUAUGGCUUCAAUUCCACUCAUCUGAAGAAAGUGGUGAAAUACUGGAGACAUGAGUUUGACUGGAAGAAGCAGGUGGCAGAGCUCAACAAGUUUCCACACUUCAAGACCAAAAUAGAAGGACUGGACGUGCACUUUAUCCACGUGCGGCCACAGCAGCGUGCAAAUCAGAGGGUCCUGCCUCUGAUGCUGGUCCACGGCUGGCCUGGCUCGUUUUAUGAGUUCUACAAGAUCCUGCCUCUGCUCACAGAGAGGCAGGAUGAUGUUGUGUUUGAGGUCGUUUGUCCGUCCAUACCUGGCUAUGGAUACUCAGAAGCACCUCAUAAACAAGGAUUCAACAGCCUCGCCGCUGCUAGAAUUUUCCUGACCCUGAUGGAGCGUUUAGGAUUCUCUGAGUUCUACCUGCAGGGAGGAGACUGGGGCUCGCUCAUCACCACCAACAUGGCACAGAUGAAGCCCGAGUGCGUGAAAGGACUCCACCUAAACAUGAUUGUGUCAAGUAGAGGGCCUAAAAUGCUGUUGUCCCUCUUGAUUGGACCUUAUCUACCGUUCCUGGUUGGCUUUAGUCGGGAGGAUGUUCGCCGGCUUUUCCCUUACUUUGAGAAGAACGUGUAUGAAUUAUUGAGGGAGUCAGGCUACCUUCACAUCCAGGCUACUAAACCAGACACUGCAGGCUGUGGAGUGAAUGAUUCUCCUGUGGGUUUGGCGGCGUACCUCCUAGAGAAAUUCUCCACAGCUACUGACAUGAAGAACAGAGAUCUGGAGGAUGGUGGGCUGGAAAAGAAAUUCAGCCUGGAUGAGCUCUUGACUAACAUCAUGAUCUACUGGACCACCGGCUCCAUUGUCCCGUCCAUGCGCUUCUACAAAGAAAAUCUAAAGACCAACAUUGAAAAGAGAUUGGAUCUAAGGACCGGGAUCUACGUGCCCACUGGAGUUGCUGCCUUCCCUGAUGAGGUGAUGCACAUCCCCAAAUCAUGGGCACAAAUGAGGUACAAAAAGAUCUACUCGUAUACUUUCAUGCCUCGAGGAGGACACUUCGCUGCCUUGGAGGAGCCCCAGCUGCUUGCAGACGAUGUCAUCCAGUUUGUGAAAAAAGUGGAGCAGUACUAAAGCUAAUGAUGCACUAAUAGACCAUUGUAAUCAUGGUGUAUCUGUUCUUUAUUUUUGUUUUUUAACUGAUCAUUCCAAUAGGACCCAAAUGCACUAUCCAUGCCUUAAUUAUUGCUUUUACACUACUGAGUAUUCCCUUGGCGGCAUCCAAAACUGCACUCUGACGCUAUUUUUUUAGCUUUAAAUGAAUGUAAACAAAUACAGAUGAUACUGACAUUCAAAAUGUUUACAAAAUCGUCUAUUAAACUUUGAGUUUUUUAUGAUUAAAGAUACAUUGCAAAAGUUUUGUCGCUCAAUGUGUGAGGUCUUUAAAUUGUGAGUUUAAACAUGUACAACAUUUUUCAUAAAUAAAAAACAAUUAUA